AUGACCAAAAAGUCAACAUUGGGUACCCUACAUGUCUCUGUAAUGGAGGGUAGGAAUUUAAUACCAAUGGAUAGUGAUGGACAAAGUGACCCUUAUUGUGUGGUCAUUGUUGGUGAAAAGAAAAAGAGAACCAAAGCAGUUAGACAUAAACUUAAUCCUAAAUGGGAAAAUGAACAUUACGAAUUUACAAUUGAUCCAACAACUCAUUCAUUAUUGGUAGAAGUUUAUGAUUGGGAUAGAUUUAGUUCGGAUGAUCGUAUGGGUAUGGUUUCAUUACCGAUUCAAUCACUUUUGGAAUCAACACUAGAUACUAUUAAAUGGUAUCCACUUGUCCCGAUUAAACCAGAUGACAAGGUAACAGGUGAUCUACGACUAAAGAUACGUUUCGACAAGGAAAAGGCCGAAAAGGACAAGAAUCCUUUUAUCAAGGCUAUCAAGGAUCAUGAUUUGGUUGCAUUUGAACAUUUAUUGGCAAAACCAAAGACUGAUAUCAACGUUUGUGAUACUGAAGGUGUUCCUGCCACCCAUUUAAUUGCCGUAUCAAAUAAUAUUCAAAUGUUGAUGAUAUUUUUAAAAUCUUCAGAUUUAAAGAUAACAUCAAGAGAUAUUCAAGGAAAUACACCAUUACAUUUAUUUGCACAAAAAUGUAUUGUUUCAUUUUCAGAGGAACCAAUCAACAAGUUGAUAGAAAGAGGGUGUUCAGUAAACCAUGAAAAUGCAGUUGGAGAAAUCCCACUUCACAAAUCAUGUCUUUCUCAAAAUCAAAAAACUCAAAUGAUGGAAAUAUUAAUUGCAAAAGGAUCUGGAAUUGAUCAUAAAACAAAAAAUGAAGAAACACCAUUACAUUAUGCAAUUAAAAUGGGAAGACCAGAGUUUGCAAGAUGUUUACUUCAAAGAGGAGCAGAUUUUACAUUGGCAGGAGGUAAUCCCCCAAAGAAACCAUUGGAUUUGGCAAAGGAAUUAAAUCACACUCAAAUUGUACAUAGAAUUCAACAAACACAAGAGAUUAGUGAUUGGUUACAAAAUCUUCAAUUGGACUCUCUCAUUCCAAUAUUUUUAAUGAACGACAUGUUUAUGGAUGUUGUCACUGAUAUCGAUGAAACUACACUUGAUAGUUUAAAAAUAACUGUUGCAGGUCAAAGAGCUAAAUUAUUAAAAGCUGUUAAAAAAUUAAAAGCUGGAGAACCAUUAGAUUUUAGUUCAUCAAGUUUAAAUUUAUCAUCACUUCAAAUUAGUUCAGAAUCUGUUCAUAGUUUGGAUUCUUUGGCAUCAUCUCAUUGUAAUAAUAGUCAUCAUAAUAGUAUACGUAGAUCAUCUGAUAUCGUUAUACCAACCUCACCGAAUCACAAUAAUAUAGUAUCACCAUCCACUCCAAGAUCAUUGUCCCAUACCGGUAGCAGUAGUAGUGUCAACAAUCUAUCGAGUACCAACUUGUUUGCAGCAGCAACGACGGCAGCAGCAGCAGCGGCGGUAUCAUCAUCUUCAUCAUCAUCAGUCAUCACUAGUACCAACGUUUCAUCCACCACAACCACAAAUAUUGUAGCAGUACCAACAACACCAGUUGCAGCAGCAGCAGUAGCAGUAGUACCAGUUGCCACCACCACUACAACUACAACAACAACAACUACAGCAGCAGCAACUGUUGUGAUAACGACAUCACCUGAAAAACCAAACAUUGAAUAUUCAGAUUUAGCACAACUCAAACAUACCCAUCUCGAUCACAACGAUACAACAUGGAUUAUUGAUGAAACUAAUUUACAAUAUUCAACUCUUUUGGGUGUAGGAGCAAGUGGUAAAGUCUAUAAAGGAUUUUACAAAGGUGAAGAAGUUGCAAUCAAAGUUUUGAAAUCUUUUACCGAUAAAAAAGAUAUAGAAGAAUUUAAAAAAGAAUUUCAAAUUGUUAGUGCAUUAAAAUCACCAGGUGUAGUAUAUUUUUUCGGAGCAGGUAUUAAAGAUAAAUUAUGUAUUGUUAUGGAAUAUUGUUCAAGAGGAUCAUUGUAUCAUAUAUUAAAAGACGAAACUGUACAAUUUUCAUGGAAGGAUUUAUUCCAUCUUGCGUUACAAGCUGUAAACUCUUUGAAUUCACUUCAUACUUGGUCACCACAAAUUCUACAUCGUGAUCUCAAGAGUCUCAACCUUUUGAUCACCGAGAAUUGGACGGUCAAGAUUUGUGAUUUUGGACUCAGUCGUUUUGACACUGGUUCCAACUUGGAGACUCUUGGAAAGCUCAGAGGCACCUACGCCUAUGUCGCACCAGAGGUCUACUUUGGCAACAAGUACACACUCAAGAGUGAUGUCUACUCGAUGGGAAUGAUCAUUUGGGAGAUGUUGUACAGAUGUCUUAAGGGAGCCCAUCAGUUCCCCUUUGGCGAAUACCUACAUCUCAAGUUUGACUAUCAAAUUUUGAUUGCCUGCGCCAAAAAGGAUCUCCGUCCAACGUUCCCACCCGAAACACCAGCCUCGCUGAUCGAGAUCAUCUCGAGGACCCUUCUCAAGGAUGCUACACUCAGACCAACCACCCAAGAGUUGUAUGACGCAUUGUUGGAGAUUAGAGACAAGGAGUUUAAUCCAAACGCCGCAGAGUGGGAGGCCAAGAGAUUCGUCCCCGACCAACAAUUAAACCCACAACCCGAUCCUCCUCCAACUGCAGCAGUUUCGCCCUCCCUCGUUGGAACAGGUCAAUUCGAUCAACUCAAACCAAAAAGCGCUUUACCCGAUCACCUUACUCGAUCACGAUCCAAUAGCUCACCUAUUGAACCUUCAAAUUUAAAAAAGAAACCAUCAAAAUUUAGUUUACUACAGGAUCAUUAA